AUGAAAGACUUGGAUCCCGAGUGCGAUCACACCCUCAAACCCAUCGAGAUGUUCAAACUUCCGGCCACGCCGAACGACGCACAUCCUAUGGUUGUGUGUAUCUAUGAGGCCCCUGGCAGAAACUAUAUGCGAGAGAUCUUGGAUUUUGGUCCCGCGUUCUAUGGACUGCAGAUCAGUAGAAUGGGCACCGACGGCACACCCGGGGAACGAGUCCCCCUCCAAGCAUUUCUGGACUUUGCGAUAGGUGCGUCGGAGGCGCUUGAGCUGUUGCAUCACGGCGCCAACUGUAUCCACGGCGAAAUCCGCGCUGACAGCUUUCACUGGAACCGGGAAACCGACUCUGUCAAAUUACUAAAUCAUGGAAAUGGGCCUCGUGCGUUUGAAAAUCUACUCUCUAGUGAGGGUUGGGCCACAGUCAGCCGAGAGCUUGGAGUGAAGAAUAAACUGCAGUUUAUCGCACCCGAGCAAACGGGACGAUUAGCAGCAGACCCCGACAGUCGGACCGACAUCUACAGCUUAGGCAUCCUCUUCUGGACUUUGCUUACGGGCCAGCCAGCAUUUGACGCGGAAACGCCUAUUGACAUUGUUCAACGCGUGCUGGGGCACCGCUUGUCUCUGGUCACUGCCAUUCGCAUGGACAUCCCUGAUGCAAUCUCUAAGAUCAUCGCCAAAAUGACGCAAAAGCAGAUGGAUGAGCGGUAUCACUCCGUGAGCGGACUGAAGUACGACUUAGUGCAGAUCCAGAAAUUCCUGGGCGAGGGUGAAGAGGACAAGAUCAGGAAUUAUAAGGUCGGGCAGCGCGAUGUUUCAUCUUUCUUCCUCUUGCCUACCAAACAGUUUGGCCGACAUGCAGAGAUGGAAAAAAUCACCAAGAUUAUCGAGAAGGCCUACAGGCGCCAGAGUUUGGCCGGCACACGAAAUUCGCCAUCUCAGCCCGGUCUGCUGAGUGCUGCCUCGAACUCCUCCAUCUCGGAUACUCGCCCAGAGGGGUUGGAGGCGGCGGAAGGCUCUGAUUCAUCCAGCUCUUUCGGUUUCAGGGAUUCUAGAAGCAACUCCGCAACCAUUGGACUGGAGGGCCAUGUCUUGAAUCCAGCCUAUGGCAACAAAAAUAAUUUAUACGGCAAGCGAGGUCGUGGCGCUGCUGACUCGAGAGGCACACCGUUAGACAUGCUAUCGGAUCGGGACAGCAAUUUAUCUACCGGGUUUCAACAGUCCCCCGACACAUUACCUGGAAUGAUGACCAGACGAAAGAACAGCCACAAAUAUAAGCGGAGGACUAAGACCGAUGUUAUCACUAUCCUAGGCUCUGCCGGAGUAGGAAAGACGGCUCUCAUCAAGGCUGUCCAACCUGUUAUCCGGCGUUACGGGUAUUUCGCCCUUGCAAGAUUUGAUAAAGCACGCCCAUCCCCCUUCGAGCCACUUAUCAAGGUCAUGGCUAGCCUUUUCAGGCAAAUCUUCUCGGAAAAAGACGUCAACACGCCAUACCACGAGCAUCUGCGGGCUCAUGUGACCCCCUUCUGGCCUGUUUUACACUCAAUCUUGGACUUGCCGCCGACAUUACUUGACGUGACGGUCCUGUCCAAGAAGUUGCUGGUCAAGAACGACACCGCCACACAGAGCGUCAAUACCGAAGUUCCUACGAUCGAUAGUGGCUCCAAGGCAAACCAGGGCUCCAUGCACGGCGCCUGGGACGCCAAUGAUUUUCUGCGAGGACCUGCGAACUCCAAGUCAAUCCGACUGAUAAAUACCUAUAUGGAUGUCUUGCGCACUAUUUCCACAGGCAAGCUGAUCUGUAUCUGCUUGGACGACCUCCAAGCUGCAGAAGAAGAGUCGAUCGAUUUGCUGAUGCAUAUCAUCAAAGCAAAGAUCCCUGUUGUGUUGCUCCUGUCGAGCAGAGUCGAUGAUGGCAAUAUCUCCGAGAGUGCCGCAAAGAUUCUGGAUCUGGAUUCGAGUAACAAAAUCGAGCUUGGCAACCUACGUGAGAAACAUGUGUUCGAAUAUGUCGCCGCCACCAUGUCUCAGCCCGUGGAAACGGUGAUCCCACUUGCCGCAGUUGUACAUGCAAAGUCUGAAGGCAACCCUUACUUGGUCAAAGAUAUUCUUCAAACCUGCUACCAAAGAAACUGCUUGUGGUAUGAUUGGAAGGAGUCAGGAUGGCAAUUUGACCUAGACAAGAUCUUUAGUGAGUUCAGCUCAGAAGGUAGCAUGGAUAAUGGAUACAUGGUAAGGCGUAUCGAAGAAUUAUCGCCUGCGGCCCGGUCGGUUCUAGCUUGGGCUUCCUUGGUUGGAACGACGUUCUCCUUCAGAUUGAUUCAGUCCAUCAUGACUGGAGACUACUUCUAUUUCAGCGGCCCGGAUCAGGCCAACGACGUGACCUGCCCUAACCGCGCGAAGUUCUUCAACUUCUCCGAGACUGAUUGCGUCAACGGGCUCCAGGAACUGGUCAAUACAUUCAUCCUGACACCGGGAACAUGCGAUGACGAGUUUCGAUUCACGCAUGCGCGAUAUUUGAAGGCGGCAAACGAGAUGCGUGAGUGCCGAAAUGUCACGAAGAUGCAUUUUAUCAUCGCGCAGGCCAUGAUGUCGUAUCUCAGCCAAUGCAAGUACAAUCUGUAUCCAUUGGCACGCCACAUCUGCCUGUCUGCAGACAUUUUCAAGGCGAGAAUUCCAACUCGCAUGCGGUAUCGAGACUUGCUUUGGCGUGGAGCGCAGAAGGCGAUCGAGACAGGUGCGAAGCAGACUGCUCUCUGGUACUAUAAGUCUGCACUCAAGCUGCUACAGGAUGACAAAUGGAACAUGGAAAACCCUGACGUCUUUUAUGAUGAGACGCUUCAGCUCCUCGUUAACAGCGCCGAGAUUAUGUACAUCCAAGGGGAGAAAGAAAUGGCUCUGCAGCUCCUGGAGGAAACUCAUGCAAACGCGCGUUGUUCGGCCGACAAAACGAGGUCGUACAUUCUGAAAGGCCGGAUCUUGGGCAGUCAAGGGAAAUUCUUUGAAGCAUUUGCUGUGCAGCGAGAAUGCUUAGAAGAACUCGGACUGCCCCUGCCUACCCCCACCUGGGACGAAUGCGAUAUCGAGUUCAAAAAGUUGGAGUUUCGAUUACGGGAGCUCGACAAGGAGCAACUGUUGUCAAUUCCCUUGAGCGAGGACCGGACUGUGAUUGCCUUGGGCACGGUUCUAAGUGAAGCUCUUGGGGCUCUCUACUGGUCCGAUGCCCUACGUUGGUAUCAACUGGUGAUUGCUUAUGUCAAUGCCGUUCUGGAUCGCGGUGUGUUUGUCCAAGCUGGUCUGGGCUUCACGAUGCUUGGUGCAGCUGCGAUAGGUCGAUUUAAAGAUAUUGAGCUGGGGCUGGCUUACGGAGAUAUUGCGCACGAGUUCUACACCAUGUACGAAGAUUCCUGGACCCGGGGCAGAGGCUGGACGUUGUUUACACUGUUUAUCGGCCACUUCCAGACGCCUGUACGGAACCUUCUUCCGAUCCUGGAUAAUGCGCUUGAGUACUCGCUAGCGUCCGGGGACAGGUUCGUAAGUCUUCUCAACAUAGGUGUGAUGGCCUUGUCCAGGUUCUGGGCAGGGCAAGACCUAUCAGAGGUUGAGGCGUUCUGCAAUUACGGGCCCGAGGAGUUUGAUGACUGGGAGAAAGACCGAAGAGGAGGAGCUCUACUCAUCGCCACAAGGCAAGUGGUUCGCGCAUUACAAGGAAGGACUGUCGCUACAGAUGCCAAGUCCCUGCUCAACGACAGCGAUCAUGACACUGAAACCUGGAUGGCGGAGACCGUGCAAUACGCCGCUAACGCUCAGCGAUCCUGUGAUAUUUAUCAAGCUAUGUCGCUUGUGGCAUAUCACUUGAUGGGCUACCACGAGUACGCUGUCGAUGUAGGAAGGAAUUUGCUCAAUACGACCAUUGACGAUUUGUGGUCCAACAGACCUGCGUGCGGGGCUCGGUUCUACUUGGGCUUGUCCUUGUUAGCUCUGGCAAAGGAGAAGCCCCCGGAAGAGCGUGCAGCAUAUAUCGAGGAGGCAAAGCAACUCAAGCGAUUCGUCGACGACUGGGGUAGGGUCAACGAUGUGAACUACUUUGCCUGGUCUCACAUACUUGAAGCCGCAAUUGCGGACAUUUCACAUGUCAACGUCAUGUGUAACCUGGAAAUGGCAAUUGACCACUGUCAAGUGCACGGGUUUGCCCUGGAAGAAGCUCUGGCCAUCGAAAUGCAGGCAGAAUAUCUUCUUGAGCGUGGAGCCAAGAGAGCUGGCAGAGUGAUGAUUCAGGAAGCCAUCGCCGCUUGGAAUAGGAUAAACGCAAGUGGUAAAGCGAAGCAGCUCUCUGAUAAGCAUGAAUGGCUGAUCAAGACCGCCACAACAUCGAGAACGGUGGAAGCGGCUACACAGACAGAAGAUUUGCAUGGGUUACCGGUGAAGGAGGAGCGUCAGCUUCAGAGCAAGCGCGACUAUACAAGUGCGUGGCUCCAACCUAAAGCAACCGCGACAACCCAGAGUCCACAAGAUGUACCCGGCAUGGGGCUCGACAUUCUGGACCUAACCUCGAUUCUCGAAUUCUCCCGAGUUAUCAGCUCUGAGUUGCAGAUCAAUAACCUCCUAUCUAAGAUGAUAUCGGUCAUUCUAGAAUCCGUCGGAGGACAGGCUGAGUUCUGCGCCAUUGUGAUCGACUCCGAGGAUCAAGGCUGGUGUGUGGCGGCAAGCGCAGAUCAUGAAACAGGCGUCAAAACUUAUCCGGAUGGAAUUCCAUUUGCGGAGGUUGACGACCAAGCGGCACAGCAAAUUACGCAUUACUUACUUCGCACCAAGGAAACCGUGUUCGUGCAGAAUGUACUCGAAGAUGACCGCUUCUCGAAUGUUGGUGAGGCCUACUUGGCAAGAAAUCCCUCUGGGCGGUCAAUUAUCGCCAUCCCCAUCAUCCAAGCCGACCAUCUGAUGGGAGUCAUCCAUUUGGAAGGUCGGCCAAACGCAUUCACGCAGCGUAACAUGAUCGUCCUCAAUCUUCUCACCAAUCAGGUUGCCAUUUCCCUAGGCAAUGCUCUUUUGUACAGGAAAGUUCGCAAAGUGAGCGCGUCGAACGCCAGUAUGGUGGAAUCUCAGAAACGGGCUCUUGCAGCUGCCCGAGAAGCUGAGGCGAAAGCUAAAAAGGCUGAAGCCGAGGCGAUGCAUAACGUCAAGUUGAAGGAAGAAGCAGCUAAAGCCAAGUCGAUUUUCCUUGCCAAUGUCAGCCACGAACUUCGGACUCCCCUGAACGGCGUGAUCGGCAUGUCUGAGCUACUCAAAGGAACUUUGCUGAGCAAGGAGCAAGAGCAAUUUGCGGAUAGCAUUCGCGUUUGUGCAGACACGUUACUGACUGUUAUUAACGACAUACUUGACUUCUCCAAACUUGAAGCUGGGAAAAUGCAGAUGUUCACCGUCGCGCUGAAUUUGAAGGAGACGAUCACGGAGGUUGUACGCGCCUUGGCCUACACCAACCAAGAGCACGGGUUACAGACCGUCGAGGAUCUUCAAAUCGAUGACGGUCUUGUCUUUGGCGAUCCUGUACGACUGCACCAGAUCUUUAUGAACUUGUUGAGCAACGCCUAUAAAUUCACCCCCAAGGGUUCGGUGACGGUGAGAGCACGCAAAAACGCCGAGACUAAAGACAAGGUCAAAAUCACCUGUUCCGUUACUGACACCGGGAUCGGUAUCACCCGGGAGCAACUUUCAAGACUAUUCCAGCCCUUUUCACAAGCGGACUCGUCCACAGCUCGCUCAUAUGGUGGCAGCGGCCUAGGCCUGAGUAUCUGUAAAGCUAUGAUUGAAAAUGUUCUGGGUGGCAAGAUCUGGAUCGAGUCGACGCCGGGGCAAGGCACAACAGUUUCCUUCACGCUCACUUUUCAGAAAGCACCAAAGAACAGCAGUGUUCCGGGCGACAUGAGGAUUUCGGCCAAGGAUCCAGAUCCAAUGGCGAGAUGGUCGCAGGCAACCAGCCCUGAAACAGAGCAUAAAAAAACCAGUUUCUGCGACCUGAGCAAGAUUCCAAGGGAGACGCUGCGCGUCUGCAUUGCCGAAGACAAUCAAAUCAACAGAAAGAUUGCCAUGUCGUUUGUAACCAAGCUUGGCCUGAAGUGCGAGGCGUAUGAGGAUGGGAAACAAGCCUACGAAGCUCUAAAAGCGAAGAGCAAAGAAGGAAACCCGUUCCAUUUGGUGUUGAUGGACGUUCAGAUGCCUGUACUAGAUGGAUAUGAGGCGACCAAGGCAAUCAGAGCGGACGCUGAUCAACAGGUGAGCCAAGUCCUCAUCAUUGCCAUGACGGCGUCGGCCAUCCGCGGCGACAGAGAAAAAUGUCUGGAAGCUGGUAUGAACGACUAUCUCGCCAAGCCAGUCAGACAAACCGCUCUCAAAGCUAUGCUGGACGAAUACCUCAACAAUACCAGGCUGGCGACCGAUGCUGCGAAUCAAAGCGUCGAUUCGAAAGUUACUCCAGGCGACAAAGUCAACGGGCAACCAGAAAGUGGCACCGACAAGCUGAAAGUGAGGCGGCCGCUCAAGAGAGUGAUGAAGAAAGUCGACACCAACAUGCCGGCAGAGAUGAAUGACCCUAACGGGAUGAGCAGUCCCCCUAGCGGAAGAGAGGAAAACACCGGACCUGCGAAAGCGAGUACGGACCAGGCAUCUGCAAGUGACGGUGUAUUUGUGAACGCAACGCCCACAGGAGACAAAGAGCGGUCGAAAGAAGGCCCCGUGUUGGCUCAAACCUCGCCGCCGUCAAAUGGAUAUCCAGGAAAAGAUCUUUCGUGA